GCGUCUGCUGCAGCAUACACGGCGCUUCAACGGCGUUAACGUCGGCGCUCACCAAUACUCCCGUAUCUCAUGGCCUUUCACUCUAUAAAAUCGUAUGCGCCGCAAGUAGUGAAGCCAUUCUGCACUUGCGGUUCGUACCUUUCUUUUCGAUAGCGGCAACUAAAUCGGACGCGCGCGCGCAAAUAAUUUUUUAUAGAAGACAACAAUCCAAGCGCCUUGUGCUUGAUUCGUUUCAGAUGAGAACCCGCGCGUGGAUCCAACAUUUCAGAUGAACUGAACUGUAUCGCUUGCUUUUCAUAUAUGUAUACGAUUACAAUUAGACUUAACUCUGUAGUUAUUGUUGUUAGUGCUGUGUUGUUCCUGCUAUUCUUUGAUUGUUUGCUAACGAGCGAAAGCGUUGCAAACAAAAGAAAACUGAAAUAUCUUAAUACGAAGGUUAAGCAAAACAACCGAUAAACAGAGAGAAAAGUGCACAAGAAAUCGAAUAUCACACACACUCGCACAUACACACGCACGCUCAAAGAUUUCAAACACAACACAUUGAGCAUAAAGUAAAGUGCAGUGAAAAUGCUGCGCGGCCAAGCUAUAAAUCGCCAACAAACCGGUGAAAGAAAGAUAUCGCGCCUCGCCACAGCUGCCACGACCUAUUGUCGAAAUCGUCACCGUCAUCGUCACCAGUCUUUCCAAGCGCCUACAGCAGCCUUACCGAUACUGCAACAGUUGCUGCUAACGAUACUGAUUGUGUUGGUGACAAUAAGCCAGUGCGAGAACGCAGUCGGCGCCACUACAGACUCUCCAAUUAAGUUUAUUAAGUUGCCAGCCCAAGCGCCAAUGAUCCAUUACAUACACAAUACAGACGACUCCCCAAUAAUCAGUUAUCGCAACAGUAAGGAGCAUUUGCAGUCCGGAUAUGCUGAAAAUGCAAGCGAACACAGUCAUACAUCAUCACCUAUUCUUAGCCGAGCCGCUUUACUAUAUUCAGAAUAUAUGAAUGCAGCCAUGAAUACCAUGAGUUUGGAUGACGAUGCUGUGCAGCGGCAACAACGUGGCAAUGCCAACGCCUGCCCCAGAUCGUGUCCGCCAAGUACGACAGUGGGCGCCACACCGGUUUGCGGCUCAGAUGGCUUAAUUUAUGCCAAUCUAUGUGAAAUGAAGAAAAAAACAUGCUCCCGAAAUGGGUCAAAUACGGUAAAGGCCGUUAAAGACGGUUGUGAGCGAGCACGGGGAUCCGAAUGUAAGCACCGGUGUCCCACAGAGAAAGACCCAGUUUGUGGCACAGACGGUCACACUUACCUGAAUCGUUGUAUGUUGCGCGUGCAGGCGUGUCGUGUUGGUAUAGCUGCAGUUAGCAUGUCACACGUGGGCGCCUGCAGUAACAUCAGUGCCAUACGUGAAUCUUGUCCAGUGGAUUGUAAGAGUGCGCCGAAAGAUGGUCCAAUCUGCGCUUCGGAUGGCAAUGUAUACAAUUCGACAUGUGAAAUGAAACUACUAACUUGCAGUCAGGGCGUUGUGAAGACCAGUCGAAAGCAUUGCCAAUCCACGCGCAUGUGUCGUGAGUCUUGUUGGCGUGUUGCUCGCCCCACCUGCGGUUCUGACGGACGAUUGUACGCUAGCCCAUGCAAGAUGCGAGCUUACAACUGCGGCAAGCAUAUUUUCGAAGUCCCGCUAUCGUUUUGCAUGUCACAGGAGCGAAACACUAAUGGCAGCAAGGCAGCGGACAACUGUCCUACCGAAUGUCCGCCUACUUCUGACGCCCCAUCACAGUAUGUCUGCGGAAGCGAUGGCAAUAUUUACUCAUCUCUUUGUGAAUUGAAAAUGCUAAAUUGUGGUCCACAACGCAAGUCGAUACAAAAAAUGAGCAUGGACAAAUGUAAAACCCGUUUGAAUCGCUGCAAACAGCUGCCUCCGUGCAAAGAUUUUAAUAAUUUAUUUGGGUCCAUAUUUUCAUCAAAUCGGAACGACAAACUCUGUGGCAGUGAUGCAAAAACGUACAACAAUGAAUGCGAACUGGCGCAUGCAACAUGCUUGCGUGGAGUUAAUCUCGCCCACAUUGGGCCAUGUACGGACCUAAAGGCACAAACAAAAGAUUGUGGCGAGCGGUGCACCCGCAGCGAUUUGGAAAGUGGCCCAGUAUGUGGUUCAGAUGGGAACACAUUCCCAUCAAUGUGUGAUUUUAAAAGACGAACUUGUCACAUGCGUGUAGUUCCUGUGUCAUUGAAGAAUUGUUUGCUUACUGCUGAUUGCGAGUCCGAUUGUGAUUCUCAGCCUCCGAACUUCGUAUGUGGGUCUGACAACAAAUUUUACAAAUCUGAGUGUCACAUGCGUAGAGAAAACUGUGGUAAACAUGUGUUCGUAGUUCCCCUGAAACGUUGUCUAAGCAACAUACAGUUCAAAGGCUGUGCGAGAAUUUGUCCCCGCGAAUUCGAACCUAUAUGUGGAACAGAUGAAAUGACAUAUCUUAACGAGUGUUUUUUGGAAAUUGAAAACUGCCGAACAAAUAACACUGUGAAAGUGAGUCAUUACGGAGCAUGUGGACGACCAGAAGCCCCGUCAUCGAAUUAUCUCUACUAAUAAGCAAUCAGCGAAAAUAUUUACAUUCAUGGAAUAAAGUUUUAUAAUUGCUAAGAGCCAUUUAGUUUGGG